CCAGUCCGUCCUGUCACGUACUUCGUAUGCUUUGUUACCUAGUCAAUCUUAUUAAACCUCCUCUCGUAUUGAUCCACUGUCGCUUUUCUGCAUCACCCAGAACCACGACGGUUUGAAGUUUUCCCUGUUUGUUUUCCCCUCUGCUACCGCUCAUUAUUCUUGUACGCUCGCACGCGUCGUUGAAUACCGUCUCGCGUCUCAGUGCCCUCUCACUCGUGCCCGGAAGCCGGCAUUUCGUCUGAGGGAGGCGCGCAUCUGCCCCCGGGCCAGGGCGUGGAGGCUUUCACACGAUAAAAACCUCGGCGGCGGUGUCGCAAAUACCGAGGACCAGAGACGGCAGGGGCAAUCGAUUCGGACGUCACUCCUGCUGCGUGAGCAGCCACUGCGACCGCGACCAUGGCGGACAAGGACAACAAGGCGUACAAGUAUCGCCAGGAGAUCAGUCAGAUGAUGUACGUAUCGGGCGAGACCGCCGAGCCUUCCGUUGAGACUACGAGUAUCAUCGAGGACAUUGUGCGGCAGCAAGUCAUCGAGCUGCUCCGUAAUUGCACUGAGCUGGCCUCGCGCCGCGGCUCCAAGUCUAUCAGUACAAACGACCUCAUCUUUCAGAUCCGCCACGAUCAGGCCAAGGUGUCGCGGCUGCGCACCUUCCUCUCGUGGAAGGACGUCCGCAAGAACGUCAAGGACUCGGACGACAAGGGCGCCGACGCCGACCUGGCCGCGGGCGACGACCCUGUGGGCGGCGUCGUGGCCGGCUCGGGCGGCCCCGUCGACGAGGCGGCCAAGAAGAACAAGAAGGCCAAGGUCGGCUUGCCCUGGGAGCCCGCCUCCUUCUUCUCCGUCGAAGUGCCUGAGCGGGAGGACGAGGAGGACGAGGAAGAGGACGAGAUGAACUACAUGACCCUCCAACGCCUCCGCAAGGCCGACGAGCGCACCAAGCUCAUGACGCGUGAGGAGUACGUCACCUGGUCCGAGUACCGACAGGCCUCGUUCACCUGGCGCAAGGGCAAGCGCUUCCGCGAGUGGGCCGGCUUCGGCAUCGUCACCGACAGCAAGCCCUCGGACGACAUUGUCGACAUCCUCGGCUUCCUCACCUUCGAGAUGGUCGCGACCCUCACCGAAGUCGCCCUCAAGGCCAAGGAGCAGGAGGACCUGGCCCGCGCCCAGUCGGGCGCCGACAGCGUCGCCGGCGCCAAGAAGCGCAAGCACCAGCACGGCCUCUUCGACCCCCCCAGCGAGGGGAAGACGCCCAUCGAGCCGCGGCACGUCCAGGAGGCGUUUCGUCGCUUCCAGCAGCGUCCCAAGAAAUUGCGCGCCAUGCUCAACGGCACCCGCCUCAUCCAACACACGCCCCUCAACAUCAUCUAGACUGUGGUCUCGACUUUCUCACCGUCCGUACUUGUCUUGCUCUCCUUUGGCGUCGGCGCAUGGUGGAUGCCCACGAGCUUAGUGGGAUGUGGCUCUUGUUCACGGCUGGCUUCGGGUU